CAGACACUCACUGAUCCGACGGCAAGACCGGUUUGGCGUAUGUUCCUUCCUCCGCUCAGGGUAUUUGCCUCCUCUUUCCAAAUCGGCUCGUUGUUUGGGAACGUAUUUGUAUUACCAUCUGAGGAAUGACCAGUGUCCAUUUAAGGAUGUAGGCGACUCCUAACUUCCUGCAUUGCAAUCCUAGAAGACGCCUCGCUUGCGACACUUCCACGUGUUGAGGAAUGUUGUGUCAAUGACUGUCUGGUCGUGUGAUAAGUGCGCGGGAUCUGUUAUUGUGAUUAUUGUGAAAACACCCGCCACAUCGUUAUCACAAAAAUGCGAGGGAGUAUUGUGCUCAUGCAGGAGGUACUGUUUGAUUCUCCUUUUAUAUUAGUUUCAAUAUUUAAUUUUUGACAUUAAUUUAAUUUAAAUGCUCAAGAUCUACUAUAACAGAAGAGAGCCAAAGAUUAUGGUUGCUGCUAAUAAAAGUUUCGUAAUUGUUGCUUGAUUAAUGAUUCGCAAAGAUAGCAAGAUUUUCUUCGAAAGUACUGAUAAUUAUUAUAAGUAUAUAACAUUAUAAGUGGCUGAAUCAUUUACUGAUCAAGCAAAUCUAAUUUUAAAAACUUUGCUUAGAUUGUGUGUCAAUAUAACAAUUUGCUUUGUUUUGGUUCAAUUUUUUAGAGUUUUUAAAAUUGACCUUAGAACUAUUGUCUUAAAACGCAGAGCGAACUCCGUUAAAUUCUUUAAGGGAAAAUUCUGAAAGGCAUGAAAAAUAAGAAUGAAAUUGUGUAUGCACUGUGUUUGGCUAGUAAAGAUUAUGUAUGUGAGCCUGAAUUUUAGAUAAAUUUCAAAAAGUUCUUAAUUUCUUCAAUUACAUUGCUUUAGGAAGAAUGCAACAGAAAAAUUCAAACCGAUACUGCGUUAUAGCAAAAAAAUUACUAAAUGGAAAUGUGGAAUAAAAAAAAUUGAUGAAUUCUAAAAUGCUUUUUCUCCUCUCGUCUUGGUUAAUCAAUAAGGUAAUGUUAAUGCAUCAUUCUUAAGAAUAAUUAAUUCAUUAUAUUUUGUCUUGAUCGCUAUUAGAAUAAAAUAGAAGUUAUUUAUAAAUCGACAAGGAAGCAAUAAAUGCCACGAUAGCUUAUUUCCUCCAGCAAAAGCAUAUACAUUUUCAGGAAAUGUAAGAAACUUUUUUAUAAUUCACAUAAAAAUUUUGCAUAAUCGAGUAGCUAUUGUUUUCUGUUCAAAGCUGCUGUCUGAACUGGACUGCAAAAUAUCUACUGGAUAUUUUCUAGAUUUACUAGUCAUGCUUAUAUAUCUAUUGGUUCAGAAUUACUUUUAACAGAUACGAAACGCUGUGUGUAGCGUUAAAAGUUCCUUAAAAUACGAAUUCCUAACUGAAACAAAUUUUGCAACUGUUACUAUUCUCACCGCAGUUUGCAUUGUGGUUGCUGCACUGAUAAAUAAAAUUCCGGAGUAGUCUUAGCGACAGACAGGAAAACUCUGUGGACUUGAACCCUGCUUUUUUUUUAUCUUUGUUGUUCUAAAGAGGGGGACCAAACGAAGUAGGGAAGAAAGUGUUGAGUCCUAUCGACUAGAAGCAUCCGGCCAUCUGCUGACGGCGCUUAGUUCGUCGGGGGAGUCGGAUUUAGAAGACCAUAUCUGUGCAUUUCUAUUUCGGGGUGUUACAAGUCGCCGUUUUUAGUCUCGUAGUAGCGUUAUAUUAGGACGAUCAACAGGUGUAGAAAUUAUUUGCUUGAGAUGUCACCACUUCUGCAUUACUAAUACAUCUUUGUUCCUCGUGGAGUAUUAUUAAACAUGGGAAAUAGUGCCACAACUGUAUCAUUACAAGAGAGCACCAAAGAAAAUGGACACAAGAAGCAUUUUAAAGGAAAGAAGCAAGCAAAACUCAAAAAAUCUUUGCCAGGCUCCAGGUUCAAUUUAUUGUAACAGCUUUGUGAUUAGUUUGAAUGUGAGGAAGCAACAAUGUAUCUUACAGACGAAGUGCGACCUCCUCACGCAUGGUGCUCUCGACCAGCAGAAAAAGAAAGGGGCCAAAAAAACGGGUAUGAUUCCAGAACCAGAUUACGGAGAUUUAGACGAAUCCGACGGAAAAAGGAGCUCACGUGUUUGUUCAACAAACGGAGCGCGCUUCUCCGAAGACGGACUUGUGAUUCCUAAGAAACCUCAAAAUCCAUGUCUGGAGUCUUCCGAAAGACAAAAUCUUCACAGGGAGUUGCUCUUUAAUCAAAAAAUUGGCAAAAGUGUCAUUGGUCAAAAAACAGAACUUCACAAAGCAUUUGACAAAUUUCGUGAUGAUCAGAAGAAAAAGGAAUUGGAAGAAGAAAAACUUCAGAAAAAAUCUGCAUUGGAAAAGAAGCUUGAAGAACAAGCUAAUAAACUAAAGCAGCAAGAAGAGUUGGAAUCAAAGAAACUGGAAGCUCCAGAUCAGCCGGAAUUUCUUCGUGUUCAUGCACGAGUUUGUGCCCAAACAGUUGACUCUAAGUCGUAGCAGAAACUGCCAUUUAAAGUCACUUCUUUUGUAAAUAGUUAUACAAAGUCUAUAACGUGAAACCUGAACUGAUUUGAGAUAUUUCUGUCCAGUAUUCAGGUGGAAAACUGAGCACUUGUAUUUUAAGGUUAGUUACUGUGCAAAAUAUAUGAAAAGCUAUUUCAUCAUCAGAAAAUAUGAUUUGUGCAUAUAGUACAAUUUGAUCUUGAUAUUUGAUGCAUGUAUAGAGGGGAAAGCAAGAACAGAAAGUUUUUUCUUGCAUAUUUAUUUGAUGCUUAGUGACUAGUACCUUCAUUAUAAAUUUUCAACUGGAAUUUUAUAAUUAUUGAUUUACCAUUUUGUGUAAUAUUAAAUAUAUCCUCCAACUUGUCUAAAAUGUAAGCCAGUCUGAUUUAUUUAUUUUUUUUUUAUUUAUUUAUUUCUUUUUCAUAUUAAUGUAGUAAGUAAAAUUUAAGGAAAAAAGUAAAGCUAUUAGAUUUAAAUGCAUUAUUUUUCUUUCCAUCUGUAUAGAUUACAUUCCAUAUAAAAGAUAAAAGUGUGUAACUGAGAAGCAUUUGUGUGUCUCACAGCAUCCAGAAACUUGCCAAGCCAAAAUAAUAAUUUAAUCUUUUUAUUUUUAAACGUUAUUGUUAAAAAAAUGCCAAAACUACAUAACUGCUUAACAAUCUUUUGUUAUAAAAUUAUAUACUUAAAUAAUUGCCUUAAUUUUAUCUUGUGGCAAAAUUAAUUUUACAUCAGUCAUUCAUGAAUGCUUAUAAAAGUCAUUCAAUUAUAUAAAGUUAAUGUAAUAGCUCUAGAGCUUCCUACUGCCUCUUAAUAGCUUCCAAUAAGCACUCUGACAAUCAUCAAUGUGCUUUGACAUACAAUGCAUUUAAAAUUAUAUAGCAAUGCAAGUCUAAUUAAAUAAGUUAUAACAUUUAUUGUGCUUUCUAUGAAAUGAUCUUAAUAUUUUUAGCACACUAUUUUCAUAGUAGUCUCUAUAACUAUUUUAUAAAGGAAAUAAAUAUUCAUUAAAUUAUUUUAAAUUGAGAUGUCUAUGCAUUUAUAAUAAAAUAUAUGUGUAAAUGCCUUUCUAUUGUAAUGUUCCUACAUGAAUAAUAUAAUCCAUAAUUCCAUGCUGUACAAUUUGUGAUAAAUGUUAGCAUUUUCUUAGAUCUUUUUCCAAUCUUAUUGGUGUUUUUCUUGUUUAUAAGCAUUUAGUCUUUUGUAAUUAGAAUCCUUUUUCUUAAUUUCUUGCUGUUUGAAAACAGGAUUUUUAAGUGAUUGUGAUUUAAAACUAAAUAGCUAUUCAUUUUUUAUAGAGUUAUUUUAUGUAUCAUAUUCCUAAAAUGUAAAAUUUAGCCAGCAAAAUAUGUGGUAAUCAUCCUUUAGAAGAAAGCUGUCUUUUCAUUCUACUAUAAUUUUUGUGAAAUUUGGUAAUUAACAUACAAUGAAAUUUCUUCAAUUCUUUGCAGUAACACACACAAAAAAAGUGGGGUUUUUAACUUUAUAUCAAAAAGCAAUUAAAUGCUUUUAUCCUAAAAAAGCAAAAUUAUUAUUAUUAUAAAAAAAUAUUUUAAGAAUUUUGUUUUGUGGAAAUAAUUGGAUUAUUUAAAUUUUCUGUUGCCCGUUUGUUUUAAAAAAAAGACUGCUAUAGAAGAAUUCGUAAGAAUAACAUACUUAAGAUAUGUAAGAAUUAUAAGCUAAUCAGUAUUUAGAUUUUUAACUACUAAUAUUUAAAUUUUUAUUUUAAUAUAUUUUAUUCUUUAGAAAUUGCUAAAUAUGUAAUUUUAUUGCAUCCACAGUUUUCACAUUAGAUUGAUAAUAUAUCAAGCAAGUGAUGAUGCUGGGAAAUAUGUAUUAAAAACCAUAAUUGAUAAGAGUGUCAAAAUUUAAAUUGUUUUGAUAUGUGUAUACAAGUUUUCCAGCCAUUCUUUCACAUGUAUGUUCACUGUUUCUGAGUACAAACCAGUAUAUUUUUUAUGCGAGUUAGAAUGUAAUAUCAAAUACCACUUACUACCUAAAAGGGGUAGAAAUAUCUUCAUAAGAUUCAAUAACAGUCUUAAGUGACCUUUCUCUCCAACCAAUACAUGACCUGCAGAUACAGUCUGAAAUUGUGUAUAUAUGGUUGUUUUCCAUAUUCUUCAUAUUACUCCAAAAAGCAUAUAUUCUGUAAUUUUGUUCUCGAACACUUUCUGUUCACAGUAUUUAGCUGUAUAUUUGCAUUGUCCAUGAGUUUCUAUUUUUCCUCAUUUUGUGUGUAGUUUGCUAAACUAAGAUAGAGGGUGUAGGUAAUAAAAAAUAUUCUUUUCUGCCUUAAGUUUCAAAUGUUAAAUUUUCCUUUAUUCUGCUUUCUAUUGUACAUUGAAUUUCGACAUUCUGAAUGUGUAUUUAAGUGAGUUGAAUUAUAUUUAAUUUUUUUUUAAUGUUGACAUGAAGUGAGUGUUUUAAGUUGCUGUAAUUACUAUUUUUGCAUGUAUUUUAAAUACAAAUUAACCGAUUUUUUUUUCCUGCUGUAGAAGAGAGAAUGUCUCUAAACCUGUCUGUAAAUUAAAAGCUCUUUGUUAGAUAAGAAAUAAAUUUAUAUUUGUGGUACAUAUUUUGAUGUAAAUCUAAUUGUAUUUUGAUGAAAAACUGAAAUGUAUUAUGUAUUAGAGAUUUUGUAGUUAAAAAUCUAGGAAAUAAAUUUUCUUUAAACUUA